AUGAGUGUUGCAUCAACAUCAAUGCCAGACAAAAGUAGAGUAGAAAGCAUUUCAACAUCGGUGAACCCAGAAUUUGGACUCUAUGCAGAUGACCCAGGAUUUGACAGUGAUACAUCAAGUUGUGCACAUGGUAGCAAGUCAAUGUAAACAUCAUUUGGGCUUAAACUUAUUAUCAUAAAAUUUACUCCCUGAACAGCUGAGUAACUUUGAAUAAUAGAUGUUACUAAACUGUGGUUAAAGGGACUCUACAGCAGUAGCGUAACAAGCCCGACGAUUUAGUCCCGCUAUGUAAAUAUUUUCGUGUUGAUCGACUGUGAAAACAAUCAAUUUCUAAAGAAAUGAAUAAUGAUAAUAAUUUUGAAUUUACAUAGCGGGACUAAAUCGUCGGGCUGGCUACGCCACUGCUCUACAGUCAUUUUUUUAGUGGAAAAGCCACCAUCACUCCACGGAGAUUCGUUUGGCUGUAUCACAUGCAGUAUCCAUGAGUAUGAGUACUUCCGCACACCGGAAGACGCUUGCAUGCCGUGAUGCGCAUGUCAAGUAGCGACAAUAACAAAAAAUGUAAACAACACUUACUUGACUAAAAAAAUACUGUAUGUACUAUGUGAACCAAUUAAUGCAAAUUAUGCAAUACAUAAUAUUUCAAGAACAUUUUAUCAAGUGCAACUCAGUAUUAAAUAUAUUAUCAUUUUUUAACAGUUUAUCCAGAAGUACAUCAGAUAAUGAAACAGAUGUUCAUUUUUUUGAAGAGUAAGGACAAGAAAUUAACCUUUGUUAUUACCUUGCAUUUAACCAUUGCAUUUAUGAAUGCCAGUAGAUAUAAGUGCUUGUAUGUAUAUAUGCAGUUCACAUAAAUCGAUAUAAGGCAAAGGUUAUUUUAGUUAUCUUGUUUCUGACUGAUCGAGCAACAAUAUGUUGUGAAUACACUUUUAGGAAGCAACUCAACAAGUUGUACGGUAAUAAUAUAGUUGUUGUUUCCAUAUUUUUUUAUGUUUUGUGGGUUUUUAAAGCUCAUUAUAUUAUAGGUUUUUCCUUUCUUUAAUUUAUAUACUUGAUAUAAAGUUUGCAAAAGAAGAGUCAUGUGUUAUAUAUUUUAUCACCAUGCAAUCAUACCGAGAACUUAUAAUUACUUUGCACAAAUUUUAGGCAGCUAAAGCAAAGCAUUGUGAGGUGAUCAGUGAGUAGACAGAAGCUAUCCAGAAUCACUUUUGGUUUUUGUGCCAAAAUUGCAAUGGUGAUGAAGAAAAACUAAAGGUAAUUGUUUUUAUUUGCAAAGAUAUCAUGCAAUUUUGCAAUGAUAUCAUAGGCUAUUUUUGUUCCAUAUUUCUUUCGGCAAAUAUCAUGAAUACAAGUACCAGUAUUUAUUUUGGAUGUGUAUACUAUGAUUAUUUUAUUUUUCAAUGCAGUCUUUCAUUUUUUAGGACAGUUGGCUUGGGGUUUUGCACCAGAUUGCUGGCAAGCAUGAGUGGGUAGAUGGGGAGUGCGAGCACGAGCCAUUAGUGGCAACUGAAGUGGACAAGGCGCACUUGAAUAAAAACUCCAAGGACUUUGAGACUCUCCGAAAGGUGAUACUCGCUACAAAAUUUCUAAAAAGUUUACCCAAAUACGUCACAUUCAGGUAUGUUUUAGUUAUGAGGAAAAUGUGAGUUUCUAAUGCACAAAGUACUGUAAAAUAGAGUUUUUUGAGUGCAUAUUGAUUCAUUACCUCUCUACUAAUCUCCAUAAUCCAUAGGCACACAAGCAAACUGGAGAAAUUCAACUCCAUGCUAUUGAAAUAUGCACGAAAAAGAGUGGGAUUCCAGUAAGUAAAUUUUCAAAUUAGUAAUGGCAUUAUUGUGAAACACUAACCACUACCGUGAAACAAAUUUAAAAAUAAAUUCAGUAUUAACCUUUCAUUAUUGUAAAAUUUUUAAUUUUGCUAUAGAAAUAAAGCUUUUGCUGGUCGAACCUAUCUCGCAGCUAUCGGCCACAACUCGCACACAUUUCGUAAAGCAACAAUUACAGAUGAUGGUAAACCUAAAUACAACAAGGUUUACAGCAAAAGAACUCAGAAUUGGAGAAUAACAGCAGUUAAAAUGCCAAAGACAUACAAUUUUUGGUCCACUUUAGCAACACGAAUUUAAAAAACUCAGAGAUCCUAAGGAGAGUGCAAAGUUGAUAUGACAAAUGAUAAUUAAGAUUUGUGCCAUUUGCUGAUUCGCAUAAUGAUUAAUAUAUGAAAUAGGAUUGAUGCAUCUAUAAGGAAGUUGUUUGAAGGCGUUUGUUUUUAUAUAUUACAAGCCACGACAGUAAAUUUUGUUGUUUUCGCAUGGAUAAUUUUCCAUGGCUUAAUUCCUUGAAUGGUUGCUUUAGUCCAGUCUUUUUUCUUUGUUUUUAAUAAUUAAAUUUCUACCUAUUUUCUGUUGUACAUUUACACCCGUUUUCAACAUUACGCGACCUCCCUGAAAAAUACUUUGCUUCAAAUGUCAGUUUUAUGUCACAAAAACUGCUAAAAAUAGCAAACGUAAACCAACAGUCAAAAAGACAUUUUAAACCGUAUUUAAUACCAAAACUGAACAAAAAUGAGUUAGAGUAACUUAGAUAUACAAACUAAAGCACAACACAAACCAUCACAACAGAAAUAUGUACCGUGAAUAACCGUAACAAAAAUUUAAACAAUUCCGUAUAAAACACGCGCACUAGACUAUAAUGGUGAUGUCAUGAUUUUGUUUGUGCUUAAAUUUUGCAAUAAUUCUCACUAAAAUAUCUUGAAAAUCACUGUAAACCUGUUUAUAUAAAGUAGUAGGAAAACGCCGAUUCUGGCUCAGUAGGCUAAUACUUCAUGUUAUACAAAUUAUAGUGGAUUUACCCACCCCCUCCCACGCACCCGAUGACGUCACUUCCGGUUUACCGCAAACAGCCUUGUUCGAACUUGCCUGGAACUAUGACGUCACCGCCAGCCCCCCGCCGCCCCCACGCUUGGGGUAGUCUAGCCGCCCCCACGCUUGGGUCUAAGUCUUCCCUAAGUCUUCCCUAAGCCUACCCUAAGUCUUCCCUAAGUCUUGCCUAAAUCUUCCCUAAGCCUUCCCUAAGCCUACCCUAAGCCUACCCUAAGCCUUACCUAACCCCACCCAAAACCUACCCAAAAACUCCACCACGCAUGCGCAAACCCCACCGCCCCUCGUCUUGGGAAGUCUUCAAUAAGUCUUCCAUUGCGCAGAUCUGGAUCGUGUGAUAUAUGACGUCACUUCCGGUUGAAAGAAAAAAAAGUUGAGUCAGCAGUUUUUGAAAAAAAAAUUGUAUAUAAUAAAAAAGGUAUCAUUUACUUCUCUUGUCCACAGACCCUUGAACCUUGGACCAGUCAUCUUUCCUAUUUCCAAACCCUUUGGGUUUGAAAAAAGGCUGAAUCAGCAUUUUUGAAAAAAUUUUUUUCUUCUAUAUAAUAAAGGGAAAGAUGACUGAAGGUUAUAGGAAAGUCACAGACAGAAUAAGAGGGUGGUACAACUGGCUAACCACCCACGUGUAGCCCUGGGAGCCAUUAGAAUAAUAAAUCAUAUGCGUAUAGAAUAUGUAAUCAAGCUGCGAGAGAAUAAAAGGCGAUAAUCAGAGAGACACUGAAGCAGAACGAACGAACUCGUGUUGAAGUAGAACCGAUUAAGGAGUGGUCUACACACUGAUAAAAUAACUUGAUAAAGUAAAACGAAAGAAAGAUACGUUAUCAACGUCGCACUUUACAUUAUAUGGGAAAGGUGGGGUCUUCAAUGAUCAAACGCUCUGGUAUAGUCUUUAGUGACUUGAGCAACACACUCAGCUGUAAACGUGUGAAGACGAAGUUAUUUGGAGAUCGGUGUACUGGAAUUGUAAGCGGGGACUGUUAUCAAAACCCUGGUAAACUUAACGAGCGUGGGUCUUCAAUGAUCAAACGCUCUGGUAUAGUCUUUAGUGACUUGAGCAACACACUCAGCUGUAAACGUGUGAAGACGAAGUUAUUUGGAGAUCGGUGUACUGGAAUUGUAAGCGGGGACUGUUAUCAAAACCCUGGUAAACUUAACGAGCGCUCUGAAAAUCGGGAUUGCUAGGACUAGCUGAAGAAACAACGGGAAGGAAUAACUCGCCAAAGGACGCAAGUAUCGUAGCUUGAGAAACAGUUAACAACAAUAGUAUAGGAUUUACACUGUGAUAGUUUUAGUUUUUAGUUAUAUCAAACAAAAUAUAGAAAAAUAUAUUUAAAUUGUUUUUUGUAUAUGAAGUUAUAUUUGGCGACACCCACACAUGCGGUUUAAAUUCGUCACACCACGUACCAUCAUUCUUCAGGAAAGGCGUGCCAGACACUUUCAACACCAUGCGGAAGAAGGUUGUAAAACUGUGUAGCGGUAAAGAGGAAGAGGAAGACCAGUGGUACGACUCAAGGGAGAACUUUAGUGAUGAGGAUGAAGAGUGA